AGCGGCAGGGGGCGGGGCGGCGGGCCGGGGGCGGACAAUGGGGGCGCGGGGAGGUGGCAGGAGGAAAAUGGCAGCGGGCUGGCUGCUGGCCGCCGCCGCGCUGGCCGCCGUUGAAGUAUCCGCAGUAGAGGUCAGCACUCCAGAAGAAAUGUUUGUGGAGAAUGGGACAGAUGCAAAGCUUCCAUGCACGUUUACAUCUGUGGAAGUGAUCAGCAGUGCAGCAUCUGUUUCUUGGAGUUUUCAACCAGAGGGAGCAGCAACUCGUAUCUCAUUUUUCUAUUACUUUAAUGGAAGGUCAUACCCUGGAAAGGACUUACCAUUUAAAGACAGGAUCACUUGGACUGGAGACCUUAACAAGAAAGAUGCUUCCAUCAGUAUAUCAAACAUGCAGUUCCGGGACAACGGCACUUACAUUUGUGAUGUCAAGAACCCACCUGAUAUUGUUGUCAAACCAGGAGAAAUCCGAGUUAGAGUUGUGGAGAAAGACAGCCUGCCUGCGUUCCCCAUUGCCAUGGUGGCAGGGAUAGUCAUCGGUACGGUUACAGGUCUCACACCGCUCAUCUCUAUUGUCGUGUGUCUUGUCAUCAGAAAGAACAACUCUAAAAAACGUUACUCUGGCUGCGGUACAUCUGAGAGCUUGAUGUCACCGGUUAAGCAGGCUCCGCAGAAGUCACCCUCCGACACAGAGGGUCUGGUAAACAGCGUACCCGCCAGAUCACACCAGGGCCCAGUCAUUUACGCGCAGCUAGAUCACUCCGGAGGACAGCACAGCGACAAGAUUAACAAGUCAGAGUCUGUGGUCUAUGCUGAUAUUCGGAAGAACUGAGAUGAGAUCCUAACCUAUCCAAUACAAAACACGCAUUCAGACUGGAAUUGCUUAAACAAAAUUUGACCCAGAGAACUCACAUGUGGCCUUUGAUGCCUAGGCUAGGACCAAUGCAUGUGCAUACAGAGGGAAAGAUAUAUAUGAAUUGUGUGUAAAUAGUCUAUUUAAUCGUACAGAAGUGAGACCAAUGUUGCAUGUUGAAAUGCGGUAAGAAUUCUGCUUAUAAAUUGCCAAUAUUCUUUUUUUGUAUCUUGUAUGACGAGAGAGAAAGUGGAAAUUCACAUCACAGUUUUUAAAUAUUUUUAUCUUGAUUAUUAACGGAGAAACUGGAAGAUAACUAAGAUUCUAGGUUGACCUCGAGAUUCUUUUUUUUGCUUAUGGGGCCUAUUUUUAGUUGUUGUUGUUGAGGUGAAUAUAAAGGUAACUUUCACAGGGUAUUCAUAUUUCCUUGGUCAGAUUCUCAGUACAAGCUGCCUUCUUGCAUGAGGUAGACAUUCUCACUUGGUUUUGCAAGCCACAUUGUGACUCGUAGCUAUCAGAAAUGGUUAUCUUACCACUGCAAGUGAAGGAAAUGUUUAGGCCUACCUGACCUGUAUAACACAGGUCGCAGAAUCGUUUACUUCUGUAUCAAGCCCAUAUAUUCAAGCUUAGUCCUUUAAGGUACAGCGAUAGUGCUGACCUAAUGACUUUUGUGAAAUUGUAGUUUACCUGUGAAAAUUUAAGAGCUAGUGAGCUAGAGGGAUAAGAAGCAGUAACUCUAGGUGGUUGAAAAGUUCACUGAAAGUCUGAGGCAAUGAAAUGUUUCUUCCUUAUAACUGUGUCACUUCAUAUAAGCACAACAAAAUGGGCUCCAAGGGCUCUGGAAGUUGUAGUGUUCCCUCAUCUCUCCCUUGUUACUCCAUUAUACCUUUGUUACUUCCUAAGAGAUGCUUUAUCAGUUCUCAAAAGCCUCUAAUGGAGGCUGAAUGACCUCUGGAAGAAAUUUAGAGCUUCACUUUUGUUUUAUUGCUGUUUUUAUUUUUUUUUGUCGUUGUUGUUAUUGUUGUUUGUUUGUGUGUUUUCAUAAUCUUUAUUUGCACAGAGGAUGCGGAGGGCAGUUUAUUUCCUUCCUCUCUGCAAGUCUACUACUUGAAUACAAUUUCCCAGCUUCUUGUUUCGAGAUUAUACUCCUCAUAGAUUGAUAGGGAUCUCAAAUCAUCCUUUUCUGCUGAAGAGGAUCUUUCUUUAGCUGACCCAUUUGUAUCCUGAAAUCCAGUGUUCAGGACUUGAAGUGGCACUCCAGCUGAGGUCUUUUCAGACUAGCAUAUAGUAAGAAGGGUUUCUGUUUUGUACAUCCUAAUGUGGUGUAGGCUUUUCCGUACCAGUAGAUAAUUUUUAGUUUGAUCUACCAUAACCCCUUCUCUCUGAUUUUUAGCCAUUUCCUAAUUCAAUCUAUUUCACAAAAUCAGUCACAGAAUGGUUGAAGUUAGAAGGGAUCUCUGGAGAUCAUCUGGUCCAACCAUCCCUGUUCAGCUAGAGCAGGUGCCCAGGACCACGUCCAGUUGGGUUUUGAGUAUCUCCACAGAUGGAAACUCUUCAACCUCUCUGGGCAACCUGUUUGGCCACUUAAAGUAAAAAAGCGUUUCCAUGUGUUCAGAUGGAAUAUCCUGGUUUUAAACUUCUGUCAGAAGUUGCCUCUUGUCCUGUCCGCAAACAUUAGUGAGAAGAGUCUGGCUUCCUCUUCAGUCAUUUUUCACAACAAAGUUGGGUACACAGGCUUUCAUCGGGAUCACACUUGGCUGGUUUCCUGACAACACCUGCCUUUGUAAGGAGCAUCACUAAAAUCAGGGUGAACCCUACUGCUGCUUUCCCUAUGAACCAAGCUGUUUCUCCCCAGUAUUUUACACUUACCAAGAAACAAAGCCUUUGACAUGGUUGAUGGGGAAACUUGAUUUUUAUCUGCCUGUGCUUAUCCCUGUGCAUUACAUCUUUCUCCCUAGACAUUUUAGAGUAAAAGGGAGAAGGGUGAUUAAUUUAACUAUCAAAAUCUCAGUGCUGUGAGAAAAUAGGGCUGUCUGUCCUUGGCUCUGAUUUUUUUUUUAUUUUUUAUUUUCUUUCUGGAAUAUACUGGAGAAGCUGAGCAGAAUCCUGUUACUUCUGGUGCUAACUAUAGGAAAUAUGUCAUUGUGUUUGUUUAGUUACAGGUAUGCUCAUAUAGCCUCUACUGAGGAGUCUCAUUGCAAAGCUGCUUGGAUCCUCUGUGUGAAGGCAGAUUGAAUUUUGAAGUAUUUUUUAUUAUUUUUAUUUUAUUUUUUAUUUUAAAGAAAGAAACAAACUCCUUUAUCUCCAAGAACAGUAGUACAAAUUGGUCUGAAUCCCUCUCCAUUGUGAAGGCUGUUCAUUUAUUUUUUUUGGUCGUGGAAACAUGAGCAAAGUUGCUUAGCUGGAAUGGACAGCUUUUACAAUGUAGCUGUUAAACAACUUAUUCAGGCUGAAGUCAACAGAACUUGAGGCAGUAUGAGACAAAACUGUUUUGAACUUUCUGUCAGUCAGGUUGUCUUAGCUUGUUUAAUCAGGUGUGGUAACCUGUGCCGAUGAAAGGGACUGAUGCUUAGCUGGCUUACUUGUCUCAGGUGACAGAGGACUUCCAAUUUCCUUGAUGGGUAGCAAGCAAAGAUUAAAGUCAGUCACGGUCAUCAGAUCCUGAUGUAAUAGUGACCAGAAAUUCAAUUCUAUGUCCCCUGCUGGUAUUCUCUUAAUUCUCCGAGGCUGUUUUGCAGGUGGAAACGAACAGCAUGUAAUCGUAGGAAAAUGGAGCGUGUUGUUCUUGACCAGUUCCAGUACUGCUGCUAGUACUUUUUAGGUCCAUCUAUUUUGAAAAGAAGUGCUGUGUGGCUUGGAUGGAGCUGGGGAAGGUCUGUGUGAUGUAGAAGUUGUCUCCAACAGUUUAAUGUCCUUUUUUGUACUGUGGUGCCCAGAACUGCACACAGUACUCGAGGUGAGGCCGCACCAGCGCAGAGUAGAGCGGGACAAUCACUUCCCUCGACCGACUAGCAAUGCCGUGCUUGAUGCACCCCAGGAUACGGUUGGCCCUCCUGGCUGCCAGGGCACACUGCUGGCUCAUAUUCAACUUGCUGUCAACCACAACCCCCAGAUCCCUCUCCGCGGGGCUGCUCUCCAGCGUCUCGUUGCCCAGUCUGUACGUACAGCCAGGGUUGCCCUGUCCCAGGUGCAGGACGUGGCACUUGCUCUUGUUAAACUUCAUGUGGUUGGUGUUCGCCCAGCUUUCUAAUCUGUCCAGGUCUCUCUGCAAGGCCUUUCUACCCUUUGACAGAGUCAACAGCUCCUCCCAGUUUAGUAUUAUCAGCAAACUUACUCAAAACACCUAGUCCUACAUCCAAAUCAUUUAUAAAAACAUUGAAAAGAACUGGCCCUAAAAUGGAGCCCUGGGGGACCCCACUGGUGACUGGUCGCCAGCCUGAUGUAACGCCAUUUACCAUAACCUUUUGAGCCCUACCUGUCAGUCAAUAGUUCACCUAUUGUGUUAUGUUUUUAUCUAGCUGUAUGCUGGACAUUUUGUCCAAGUAGCAUUCUGUGAGAAACCAUAUCGAAAGCUUUAGUGAAAUCUAAAAAAAAUACAUCAACUGGCUUCCCUUUUACAUGUAAAAGUGACCUUGUACUUACUGUAGAGCAGUUUUGGCGCGCCAGCCUGGGCUCUAGCUGCUAAGACAGGUUGCACCCUCUAGAGACAAGAAUAUGAAUGGCAUCAGUCAUCUUUUUCUCAUCCCCAGUUUUGAACAGAACAGGAAAGUGAGGGUUUUGCCCAUACUAACAAUGAAUAUUUUCUUCCUUAUUACUGAUCAGCAGAAAUGGAUUUUGAAGAUCAUUACGUAUAAAGUAUCAAUCUAAGUAAAUUAGUAGUUGUAAUCAGUACAUCAAAUCUCCAUCACUCUGUUUGAUUUUAGCAGUUGUUCUGUGAGGGAGAUGGUCAGCAUGUUCAUUGAAUGGCAUUGAGAGCCGUUACAGGCUGGCACAUAUUUCCCUAUAAUUAAUUGCAUGAUGUGUCAUCGAUAACUGGAGAACUGUAGGGUUUUGUUUUCUCAGAGCUUUAGUGCUAUUUCAGUUUGUGACUAGAAAAGCUGGAAUUAGGUUUUUAACUUUUUUAAACCUGUGAGAACUGCUUAGGUAACCAUCUGUCUUGUAACUGCAGUACAUGUAUAUGUGCAACUUAGAAGCUGCAUUGCCUUAGAGUGGAUUCAUUGAGGUAAAGUGUCGGCCGUUUGAUUUAUAAUCAAAAUACUUUCAGUCUGUUUCAAAAUCUUGUCUUGGAAUUUUGCAUUAUUAAUGUAUCUACCUAAGACCUCAAAUACAAAACAUUCUUACUGUAUAGUAGGUGAUGGAAUUGUUUUCUCUGUAAACUGACAAAGAUGUGAAGGUGGGUAAGACUUCUGGGCUGUGGCCAUACCGCUGUGGUGCUAAUAUUUAGGUAACAUUUUACACGGGAGACUACAAAAUCAUAUUAACGAUGCUCAGCAUUUGUACUCUUCUUGAGGCUUCUCCUCUCCUUCUCUUCAGUGCCCUAAAGCUACUAAGCCCUUUCAUUUAAACGUGAUUUUGCACUCUAAAAUGAAGUUCAAUGCCUUUUGUUAUCAGCGUGCUGUGCAAUCUCUUCUAUCUCCCUACAAUGCCAGCUCUUUUUAUGUGGUAAAUAUAACUGGUAACAUAGACUGGAUGCUUUUCAUAAACCUCCAUCUUGGAGGUAUGCAAGAGAACAAACACCUGUAAGACAGGUGUAUAAUCUGUGUGAGGGAGCUAGAUAUGAAAUGCAUGUCCUGAUUACAUGAAAAGCCAGGGUAUCAACUGGUAGUGGUUUUGCUUUUACAGACUCAUCUGGAAACAGUUAUCUUGGAUAUUUUUUCUUGAGUGGACUUUCAUGUUUUCUAUUGUAAUCUUGUGAAUAUUUUAAUACACUUUUUUUUUCCCAUUA